AGGUUCACCAGGUUCGGCGUUUAAUGUUUUGAUUUAUGAGCCGUGCUGGUGAAUACCCCCCAGAUGUCGUCCGCCUUGACUUGACUUUUCUCUUCCGUCCUCAGCAAACACAGAUACCGGACUACGCCGAGCUGAUCGUUAAGUUCCUGGAGGCGCUGAUCGACAGCUACCUCCCAGCCGCUGAGGAGGAGCGAGGGGAGGAGCAGAUGAGGACGCCCACCUCCCCUUACCCACCCACCAGUCAGAGCCAACUGAGCAUAACUGCCAACCUCAACCUGUCCAACUCCAUGACAUCGCUGGCCACGUCACAGCACACGCCAGGUGUGGACAAGGAGAACGUUCAGCUGUCCCCAAGCUCUGCACUGUCCAGCGGGGGGCGCACUCGCCACGGUUCAGCCAGUCAGGUCCAGAAGCAGCGCAGUUCCGGCAGCUUCAAGAGACCCAGCAUUAAGAAAAUUGUGUGAUCACUCGGCAGGCGAUGUCCCACAAUGCACCACUGAUCUGCUCCACCUCCAGGGUACCAGGCCUCAUGCUGCACUCAACUUUGUUAAGGUUUCCUCCACUUCAAGCUGUGUUGCUUUAGCUGGAGAAGAUGUUCUUCUGUGUUCGGGAAAUCGGGGAGAAAUGAUCCAACUUGGAAUAGCGUGCUUCUUGGGAAUGGUUCGUGUUAGCCAUUGGAUGGAUGGAGAAGUUUCUGGAAGGUUAGGUUUGUUUUUGUUUUUAUUCUUCUUCUUAAUAUUGAAGCUACUCAUCAUACGUCAAAACGAGACUUUUGGGAAUUCUUCUGGAAAUAAAAGUUGAGUUUUUGGACUGCUCACACAUCCUCUGGACUUCCUCAUGACUUAAAACACUCCUGGUCAGUGAGAUGGACCAAAUGACAGUAGCAGCAGCAGCAGCGAUGGCGGCGGCGACAGUGGUGGAUCAGUGGGUCGGGGGCCCUCACCCUGCUCUCCCACUCUUGUACAUAUUUUACAUAUACAGAUAAUGUAUAACCAGUCCUUAGUGCUAAUUUGGAUGUUAAUGUUUUCUCCAUGGUGUGCCUUUGUCAGGGUUUUUUCAGUGUGUACAAUUUGUAAAGUUAAAAGUGGAACCUUGAUGAGGACCGAAGAACAGGUACUAAUUAUGGAGGCGAGCCGUCCAUAUCACCCCCCCCUCUCCCCCCGAGUUCACGUGAGCUGCGUCAUGACUGGCCUCCAAUGAUCGUCAAAUAUACAAUCAUCCAUAUACCCUGUUGCCUGAAAGUAUUUAUCCUGUACAGCUAGAUAGCGCUACAUUAUGAUUUAUUUUUCUUUUUUCUUUUUUUUUUAAACAAAAACACUUUCAAAGUAUCAUGAAGGUAAACAGAACACUAGAGACAACACGACGGUGUAAAUAGCUUUUUUGUGCAAUCGUUUUUAUUUUAGCUCUUUUUUUUGUUUUUCUAAUUAGUGUAAUCUGUGUUUUUCAGCAGCAUUUUAAUUUGUUUACACAGUGGAAAGGAAAUUGUGUAAUAGGCAAUAAUCCUUAACUCCUUUGUCAGACAUCUGUUCCUCUGUGGGCCGCGACACAUCACUCUGUCAGUUUUGUGGAAUACAAUGCCAACUCCAAGUUGCCUUUUAACAUAGAGAUUCAGCUUUUACUACCUUUUACCUCCGGUGACCAUGUGACUAAAGAGGGCAGUGAAUGGAACGACGUUCGAUGCCACAUCCAUCAGUUCACUCACUCUCACCUGUCUGAAGUUUCACCGUUGGCUCUUUAAAGAAAAGAAAAAAACACAUCGACGUAGGUGUCGGCGGUGUCUUCAGUCACACCGGUGCCGAGUCGAUUUCUGUUACUCGCCAAAAAUCAGCAGCUCUGACUUCCUGUCAGUCAGUGACAGGUGAAAAAGUUGGUAAAAACCCAUCACGUUCCCAAACCAUUUGACAGGAUGUGACUAGAAACGUUGUGAGUUGUUGGAUUGUCUUUCACCGUUAAAGGCUGUAGAUUCUCCUGGGCUCCUCGAUCGGUGCCAAAGCUCUGGACCUCGGUCACGAGGCGAGGCGAACUCUCCAGCGACUCUCUUUAUCUGUUAUCCUUAGUCAUAGCAAAUGCUGGUGUAGUGACCUUUCGCUGGAACAGCCAAUGGGAGUGCCCUCCUCCAAACAGACAACCUCUGUGAUUGGUCUGCAUCUCAUUAGCCAUGGCCCAAAUUUUCCCAACUUGAAUUACAUCAACAAAAUUUUAAAAAUAUUAACAGAUAAUUAGAUUAAGAAAAUAUUCAUGCAUUUUUUUGGUUUGCUAUUCCCACGAAUUGACACCAGGGACUAAAGCGUGAUCUCUGUGCUGAUGCUAAAAGCAUACAAACUUAUUAUUAAAACCAUACACUACGUCAACAGUAGUGAGUAUGGGCCGAUCCCUAAUGUACAGACUAACAAUAUGUUCAGAACAUACUCCUGUUUUUUUUUUUUCUUCUUCUCAGCUUCUGGUUGUUUUCUUCGGGGUUGUUUCAAAUACACUUUGUCAUUUUGUCGAAGGCACAGGUGCAUUUCUGUUUUGUUUUUUUUUUGUUUUUGUUUUUUUCCUCAUUAUUUAAUGACAGUGAUUUUAAGCUCCUGACGAAUGUUUCACAUAGUAAGGAAUAGAUAAAUGUGUUAGCUCUAGAUAUCCCAGAUAUUUCCUAGAAAUGAAUACAGUAGUUUAUUGGUGUGAAUGAGUGCACAACCCCCCCCAACCCCCUCUCAAAAAAA